GCCCCGCGCGGGGGCCUGCGCCGCUUCUCCGCCGUUGCCGCCGCCGCCUCUGUUGCUGGGGUGGGAGAGAGGAGGGGCCGAGGAGGACCCUGGACCGCCCGUCCCCGUGGCUGUGUUUGUACCUGAGCGGCCUCCUUUCUCUGUCGUGCGCUGACGGCCGCGGUGUCGAGGGGCAGUCCCUGGGGACACCUCGGCACGCAGCGGACAUGCCUCUCUUUGCCACCAAUCCCUUCGACCAGGAUGUUGAGAAAGCAACUAGUGAGAUGAAUACUGCUGAGGACUGGGGCCUCAUCUUGGAUAUUUGUGAUAAGGUUGGCCAAUCUCGCACUGGACCUAAAGACUGUCUUCGUUCUGUUAUGAGAAGAGUGAACCAUAAAGACCCCCAUGUUGCUAUGCAAGCUCUAACUCUUCUAGGAGCAUGUGUAUCAAACUGUGGCAAAAUUUUUCACUUAGAAGUGUGUUCAAGAGAUUUUGCUAGUGAAGUAAGCAACGUAUUAAAUAAGGGUCAUCCUAAAGUAUGUGAAAAAUUAAAGGCUCUCAUGGUUGAAUGGACAGAUGAAUUUAAGAAUGAUCCACAGCUUAGUCUGAUAUCGGCAAUGAUUAAGAACCUUAAGGAACAAGGUGUUACAUUCCCAGCUAUUGGCUCUCAGGCUGCCGAACAAGCGAAAGCAAGCCCAGCCCUGGUAGCCAAAGACCCUGGCACUGUGGCUAACAAAAAGGAAGAAGAAGAUUUAGCAAAAGCAAUUGAGUUGUCUCUCAAAGAACAAAGACAGCAGUCAGCUACCCUUUCCUCUUUGUAUCCAAGCACAUCUAAUCUCUUAACUAACCACCAACAUGAAGGUAGAAAAGUUCGUGCUAUAUAUGACUUUGAAGCUGCUGAGGAUAAUGAACUUACUUUUAAAGCUGGAGAACUUAUUACAGUUCUUGAUGACAGUGAUCCCAACUGGUGGAAAGGUGAAACCCAUCAAGGCAUAGGGCUUUUCCCUUCUAAUUUUGUGACUGCAGAUCUCACUGCUGAACCAGAAAUGAUCAAAACAGAGAAGAAGACGGUACAAUUCAGUGAUGAUGUUCAGGUAGAGACAAUAGAGCCAGAACCAGAACCGGCCUUUAUCGAUGAGGAUAAAAUGGACCAGUUGUUACAGAUGUUGCAAAGUACAGAUCCCAGUGAUAAUCAGCCAGACUUACCAGAGCUACUUCAUCUGGAAGCGAUGUGUCACCAGAUGGGACCUCUCAUUGAUGAAAAACUGGAAGAUAUUGAUAGAAAACAUUCAGAACUCUCAGAACUAAAUGUGAAGGUGAUGGAAGCUCUCUCAUUGUAUACGAAAUUAAUGAAUGAAGAUCCAAUGUAUUCUAUGUAUGCAAAAUUACAGAAUCAGCAGUAUUAUAUGCAGUCAUCUGGUGUUUCUGGUUCCCAGGUAUAUUCAGGACCUGCUCAAAGUGGUACCUACCUGGUUACAGGGAGUGCACAGAUGAGCCAUCUCCAGAGCUACAGUCUGCCCCCAGAGCAACUCUCUUCCAUCAGCCAGGGAGCAGUUCCACCCUCUGCAAACUCUGCUCUUCCUAGUCAGCAAACCCAGGCUUCUUACCCAAAUGCGAUGGUUAGUUCUGUUCAAGGAAACUCGUAUCCGAGUCAGGCUUCAAUAUAUAGUCCUGCUGCUGCUGCUACUGCUGUACCUGUGCCUGUACCUGUACCUAUUCCUGCUGCUGUACCUGUGCCUGCUGAUGUCACCAUAUACCAGAACGCAGGACCUAAUAUAUCCCAGGUGCCAAACUAUACUUUAACAUCAUCAGCCCUGCCUCAAGGAGGAGGAAGCCAACAGCCACCUCAGCCACAGCAAGCAUAUUCUCAGAAGGCUCUGCUAUAGGACUUGAUGUUCCUCUUGGUGGCAUGUUUUCUGCUGAAUGCCAUUGACAAUGUUAAGGAGAUUCAUUAACAUCCUAAGAUUUGUUUUUCCUCAGCUCAUAGGAAUCUGUCUUGGUCAACAAGUUCAAAUACUCAAGAAGUUAGAACUAUCUUCAAUUUGCACUGACUUUUUAGAGGUCCGCCCCUCCCCCAGAGGAAUGAAACUACUUACAACAUUUAUUUCCUUUCAUAAUAUGAAGAAUCGUUACAAGAUUAUUGUCUUGUAAAAUUACCUGGUCUGCAACACUCAAAAGUUCAAAAACUGCUGUGGCAAAUGUUAUGUACAUAUAUUGACAUAUAACUUCAUUAGUUACCAUUUGAAUUACAAUGGUGAUCAUGUGAAUAUAUUUAACACUGUGUUAAAUUAAUUUACAUUGCUGUUUUAUUUUAAUCAUGAACAACUACCAUGUUUGCUAAUGUUUUGUGUAAAUUUAAGUACACUAUCUCUUUAAGCUGCAAGAGAAUCAGGUUGUAGCACAUUGACCCGAAGGCAUUGUUGUCCUGUUGUAGCGUCACAUUAAAUUGAACCUUUCUUUACUAAUUGUGCGCAAAACCUAUGUAUGUUAUGUCUUUCUGUAGCUUCUGCCCACUACUGGCUGUCAUCACACCAGCAUACAGUAGCCACAUUUUUGGUGCAGUUAGAGAAUAAUGUUCCCUUUAAACUUUUGUAUUUUGGCAUGAUGUUCCAGGUAUUGUGGACCAUGAGACAAAAAUUAGUCUUUAUAUAUUAUUUUUAAAGAAGUAAUGUGGAUUUUACUCUCCCUAGUUGAAUGUGGUGAUUAGGUUUUAAAGCGGUAUUCUGGUUUUUUGGUAGCAGUGACACCAAAGAUAGAAGCAAUGCGUAGAAAGUUUUCAACUGGGAAGAAGUGAACUGACACUACGUUUUCAGUCUCUUGUAAUUUUUAAGAUCAAAACAAAAUUUGAUUCACUUGUCUUACCCCACUAGUUUUUUAAGAUAUGUCUUUGACACAUUGUAUCUUUCAAUUCUCAUUAAAAUGGCUAUAAGUAGGUGUUUGAAAGUAAUUUAUAUUCCUGACUUUUUUUUAAUAGUUUAUAUAUUUAUUAUUAAGUUUCAAACUGGAGUUUUAAGUUUUUCCCUCUGUCUGUCUCUGUCUCAUUUGUAGUUCUAUUGACAUUGUUUUUGCUUCUUAUUUAAGAGUAAUUUUAAUGAAUUAUUUUAAUCCAUACAAAAAGGUUUUCCACUGAUAUUUUAGUCAUAAAUAUUUAUAAUUUCCCAGUACUUAAUAUACCAGUACUUAAAUAAUCUAAAAUAUCGGUACCAUAUUUAACUAAUAGAACUAAAUUUUCCUCUUGUGAAUGCAAAUUACAUUUUCAUUUCCAAGACUUGUCUAUUUCCUUUUUUUGACAAAUGACUUCCAUCUUUGGCAGAUAAUCUUAAGAGUGAUUAAUUCACAGGUUCAUAUUUAAAGCUCUUUUUUACCCUUAAUUUUACUUGAGUUUAAAGUAUGUCAUCAUCAAAUAGUAAAGUCAAGUUUUUAAUUUACAUGUCACAUUUUAGAUAUUUUUAAAUAAAACCUUGCUAGCAGUUAGACUAUAAUCUUUUUUUCCAAUUUAAAUAUGGUUUAAGUGAUACACUUUCCUCUAAGUCAUAUUGUAUUUUCAUUUUAAUAAGUUCCUAUUUACAACUAUAUUCCCACUUUAAUUUUUGAUAUUUUUGUGUUAAAACAUCAACAAAAUAUUUUUUAGUAUGCUUCUAUAAGUUCAUUAGUGGCAAAAUGAAAAAAGUUACCACUUUUGCAGUGCAUAUAUAUUUUUUAUCAUGUAGUAGAGUGUAUAAAGAAUUGAAUGAGUGAUUGACUUUGUCUAAGUGACUUUAUUUGGCUAAGCGUGCAAAUACUUGGUAGAAAAGUUCCAGUGAAAAUGAAGCACUGGCCUUUCACCUUCAAGUGGCACACAAGGGUAGAUGAGCUAAUUUGGGAUCACAAAUAGUUUUUUGUUUUAAAUCCCAUGCAAGUUGCAUUUCUAGAUAAUCUAGAUAGUGUGAUAAAUUAUACACUAAGUCUAGCACUCAGAGGUAGAUAGAGACAGGUAGAUCGCUCUGUGAGCUUGAGGCCAGCCUAGCUGAAAAAGUGAGUUCCAUGCUACCCGGCUACAUAAUGAGACCUCGUCUGAAAAACCAAACAGCAACAACAACAACAAAAUUUUCAUUGACAGCUGUUUGUAGUGGUCUAUUUCAUCAAAAUAUGGAUAGCUGUCAAUGAAAAUUUUUAAAUCAAAGUAUCUGUAGAGUAAAUGUCUAGGAAGAAACUUUUUGGUUUAUUCUUUUUAAGUUUGGGAAAUGUUUCUGUGAAAGUGAUGGCUAAAUGAGCAAAGUGUAGCCCUGUCUUGUGCUGCAGGCUCUGUCCUGUGCUGCUGCAGGCUGUGUGCAGCAGUGGAUUUGAUCAUGUCAGUGUGCCUGGUGCCGUGCACUGAUGAUUUUAUAGACAUUCCUGACCCUUUAUCUUCUGUCACUGUUACCUGCCACCCCCUAUUUGGGGAUGAACAUUUUUCUAAUAUGUGCCCAGAGAUGCCCUUAUUAAUUACUUCUGAAAUAUUUUUUCUUUUCUCUUUGUUUUAAUUACUUGCUCAAUAAAUUAGCAUCAUUCAUUUCUAAUAUAGAGGACUUACAUGUGUGACAUCUGCCUCAUUAAACUUGAAAAUAUCCUUUGUCCAGUGGUAAGUUUGUGUUAGAUUAAUGCCCUACAUAGUAAACUGUGCAACUCUAAUAAAUUGUAGGAAUUUUUUCCCAAUAUGAGGUUUAUUGGUAUAAUUGGUCAACUUUUCACCCAAAAUACAUUAAAACCCUUGUUUUAUUUUUCUUGCCUGUUACCUCAUUUUACUUACCAAUUAUAUAAUAAUAAUAAUAGCUUCCUGUUAAAGCUUUUUAUGUUAAUAACAAAACUUAAGUUUGAAGUUUUGAUUCAUUUGUUGUUUUCCAAUGAUUUUGUUAGGUUUUUAAUUUUUGUUUCUUUGGUUUGCUGGGGGUUAAUAACCGCCUGUAUCUCUUAUUGUGAAGAAUAUCAAGAAGAAACCAUCUAAAGUGGUGUUUUCAGUUGUCUUUCUGAUAACUACUGUAUUGGUGCUGCUGUGGGUGGUGCUUUACCCAGCAGCCGUCUGCACAGAGAAGUUUCAGUCCUAUAGGGAGGCUUCUGCACCAAAGACGGAAAGAGUAAAAUGUUGACUACCCAAACAUCCUUCUUCUACAUUUACUAUUGCUGCCAUUUGCUCUAUGUCCUUGUGUGUAUUUAUGUACAUGUGAAUUUGUAUGUAGAGGUACAUGUGUAUACACACACCUACUUUAUUGAAUGCAUAAAAAUGCUACAAAUGGAAGCUGUAUGCAUGACUACAUGUUUUCUAUAAGAAUAAGGACAGCCUCCCAUAAAAUGUAAACCACUCUCAUGUUCAGGAAAACCGACAGUGAUUCUUAAGAUAUUACCAUAGUUACUGUCCAUGUCAUGUCAUGUCAUAUAUAUAUAUGUGUGCUUCAUUCUUCAACCUAGUAUCCAUUCCAGGAAUAUAUGUCACCUAUAUAAUGUCCCUUUACUCUGUUAAUUAAUUAAUGGGGAUUAAUCUGGAUAAUCCCCAUUGUCAUCUUUCUGUACUCAUGUUGACUUUUUAAGAUCCACACUAUAUCAUAGAAUCACCCUCAUUCUAGAUUUUUUGUUUCUUUGUAGUAUCCUUUAACUUAAUUUUUUAAUGUCCAAUGGAAAUUUUUAUUAUUUUGUUUAAUUUUUAUUCUUUAUUAUAAAAGCAUUGUAAAUAAAAACACCAAGGUUAUCCAUACCAAAAGAUCACACAGCCAAAUUAGCUCUGUACAGUUAAAAUAGGUAUUCCAAAUGGAAACUGAAGCUUCAUGUUGGGUUUUAUACUUUUAAUAUCAAAUAUAUUUUUGUGCACUUAUCUACCAUCCAGAUCUGAAAGUCCGUUCUCAUUAAAGUUAUUCUUAUUCCUAAAGGGUGUAUUGAUUAAUCAUAACCCACAUGACUUAUACAUAGACGUAAUGAAGCUACAGACUGGGAGAUGUCUCAGCAGGUAAGAACAUUUGCCACACAAGUUUGAGGACCUGAGGUCAAAUCCCCAGAAUGCAUAUAAAGAACUAGAUGUAGUUGUGUUUGCAUUUACCCAGUACUGUGAGAGGUGGCCGGUCUCGGUAAUGUCGCUAGGCCUCCCUGGUUGUCAGCUUAGCUCCGGUUUCAGUGUGAGACCUGGUCUUGAGGGAAUGAGGCAGUGAGUGAAUGGGAGAGCAGUAGGCUGGUGUCCUCUGGCUUCCCUGAGUGUGCAUAAACUACAUAUAGACCACACAUACAUGUGCAGGAAGGCAGAGGAAUGAAUUCUCAUGUUCAUUUCAGAAACCACAUAUAAAUAACCGUGGUUAACCGUGCAGUUUCUGUCUGCUAUGUAUAACUGACUAAACUUAGGUCGCUGAGGCCAAAGAGAGCUGCAGCUCUGUUUUCAUUUUCAAUAGCAUUAGAACUGAAGAAUAUUGUGCUGGAAACAAUGGCUCGAUUCCCUCAUUCUCACCAAAGUGAGCUUUUCUCAGUGAUUCACACACCCAUUGAACUCAAGUGGAUGGCUUUGGGGUAACUUCAUAAGUGCUAUAAUAUAUAUAUAUAUAUAUAUAUAUAUAUAAGGACUGUAUUUUCAGAUAUAUAUAUUUGGUUUGUCUGUAAAAGAUUUCUCCUUAACCUAAUGCCAAUACCAGGAUGUUGAAAGGGCAAGGAAGUUCUUUCUUUUUAAAAAUCAGAAGUAUUCAUUUCCUCCAGUUGUUUACCAAGUUGGAGUCAGGUGGAGGAAAGCAUAGUGAAGUUGCGGACAUGUGGAAGAUUAAUAAUGAGUACCAUUAGAUUGUUAGGAUUUGAGGUUAAGUCCUACUUCAGUUGAUGGAUUAAAAAAUACAACUAAUUACUGUUUCUUGGAUGUAUUCAUUAUAAAUGAUUGUGUAUCUUAAAGAGAAACAUGAUAGUUGAAAAGGGUUUUGGUUGAAUUCAUAGUAUAGAAUAUCUGCUAGGUAGGGCAGAUCCAAAGUGGAAAAUUAAUAGAAAACAUACAUAAGUUACUUUUUGUCUAAACCAAAAUUACUGAAAAACUAAUGAACACAUAUUCAAAGGGGUUGCUAAAACUGACUGAAGAAGUAAACAAAGAUACAGAUAAAUUCACUUUUAAGAGGCUUCCUGGUAACAAGUCCAUUCAUGUAAUUGGAUGACACAAGGUAAGAUAGUGGCAUUAACUCACUGCAAGUGUGUCACAGUUUCUGUGUCAUAAAGAGCUCUUGGGAAGGAGGUGCUUGAUGGUAGUGAUAGUACUUUGCAUUGGAGAUAAGAGUAGAUAUAUUUACAUAUAUAUCACAAAUAUGCACAGUCCAUUCCUCUAUUAAGUGGAAAUUUCAGUUUUUGCCCUAGAAAUUCAGAGGACUGUACUUUAACAGAGUUAGAGCUUUUCUCAAGAGAAUGACCUUGCACAGCUAUGUGAUUCCUCCAAGACCUGCCUUCUACUUACUUGGAAUUUACAGUGCUUGUGUACCUACAGAAUCAAUUGUUGUCUCUGCUUCCAAUCUUCUACAUCUGUCUGAAAUGUCCAGCUAUCUGUCCUGAGUAACCUACUUAGGCCAGUUAACCUGUGCUAAUGUAGAUGACAGAGUAUGUGUGGUGGUACCAGGUAUGGCAGCACUGGGAUUGCAUAUUCUAGCAUAGCUGUGGAAACUUGCUUUCUGAACAGCCUUCGGUGAUACUGAUGCUCUAGGCAAGCCAGUGAGCCUUUUUCCGUGAGACUCCUGCCAGAACAUACGCUCUCUGGCAGAAGGCUUUCUUUUUACAGUAGCCCUGUUUUAUUGGUUCUGCACUGGCUGUAGUCAUAAUCAUUGCAGUGUAGGGCAUUGAGUAUUUGUAUACUUAAAUCACAGAAGAAAGUUAGCAUAAGUGUCCUAGUGUGCAGUGUGGUAUUCUUGGUCCUCAGACAAAGUGGAAGUAGUGCACUGCACUUCUUCACCUCCUUCAGGUCUUCUGGUUGACAAGCAAGCUGAGAUACUCUUAAUACUGGGACAUUGUUGUUUCUGUCCUUGCUGCUAGUUAAGAAUGCAUUGAAAUCAUUCCAGAUGAAGCUCAAGAUCAGCAUACUAAAUAACUAGUCAAGAAAAGUGUGACUACAUACUAUUAAGUCCCAAGUUACCAAUGCAAAAUUAAAUGUUGGCUGUUAUAUUGUUUCAGUGAACCUUUUUAUUGUACUUGUGUCUCACACAAUAAUUUUAGAAAAUACUAGGGUUUUGUUGUGACAUUUUCAUACUUGUAUGUUUGUACUAUGCUCAUACUCAUUCUCUAUUACCUGUCCAUGCCCACUACCCCCUGGUAGUUUUCUUAUGUUCAUGUCAUUUUUUUUUAUUUUUUUGCAGCUACAUGAGAAUAUUUUUAAAGAUAAAGUACAUUGGUGUUUAAUUUACCUCCUUGACUUUAGGAGAUUAGAUACCUUGUUGGUAUUUAAAUUUUUUCAGUUAUUUUUUGUUAUAAUGGAGGCCAAUAAAGAUAUAAUGACUGAUUUCAAAGUACAGAUAAACAUGUAUUUCCUAUUGAUAAGCAGAUGAUUGAAGGAAAAAGCUAGAUUUCUUGGUUUGGUUUGGUUUUUGUUUUUUUUAGUCUGUAACCUAGGCUGGCCUUGAACUCCAGCCUCAUAAUCCCUGGUGUGCCAACAUGCCUGGCCAGCCCUUUUUCCUUUCUUUGCUUUUUUUUUCUUUUUCUCUGUCUCAUUGUAAAUUCUUCCAGAAGUGGUCCUAGUAUGAAUGAAAUACUCAUGGAGUUUAUUUCUUCAGUGGCAGAAUACUCGUGUGCCACAGUAAGCGCAGACUUUACCUUUGCUGUUUUUUUCUUUCUUUACAAACAACUUAUACUCUAAUAGAACUUGGUGAGAUAUUUUAACAUCAAAGUGAAUGUCAGGCCACCUUUUAUUUGUGUAGCAGUCAAGUGUUAGUUCAAGUGGAGAGGAGUCCUGUGGAUUCUCAAGUUAACUUUUGAGGCAGAAGACUGUAGAAUGGACAGACCUUGCUACGCAGUAGUUCCAAGUUUUCCUGUACUGGGGAAUAGAUAAAAUGGACGAGUACAGAGUUUUAUUAUUAUUCAUGACUUUCAUAUGUUAAUUAUUUUCUCAAAAUUAUUAACACGAUGGGAGAAAAUUUUGUUUCAGAUGUUCAUCCAGAGUUUAGAGCGAUCGAUCUACCCUGAUUUGUACAUUUGGAACACACAAAAAUACCAUCUUAAAAAGGUUUCUAAAAAAUAUUGAAAUUUGAUUUUGUCUGUGGGAAAUCUUAAAUUACUUAGUUCAUGUUAAAUGUUCGUUUUAUUUAAAUGGCUAAGAAAAUUGACUCCCCCCCCACCACCAAAGAUGACAAGGAGAGGUUGAUGAAUGAAAGAAGCUGUGUUCAGAUGUGUGGGACGAGGCAGAAGUGGACAUCCUCAAGGAUGAAAUGAUGGCAAGCGCUCAUGCCCAUCACUACAUCAAGCAUCACUCUAUUAAAGUUGAAUAACUUAAUCUAAUUAUUGUAUUUGGUGUCUUCUUAAAGUGUUAUUUCUAAAUAUUCCCUUUACUUAUCUGUGACUUACAAAUCAAGUGUUAUUUAUUACUCCUUAGUUUCUUCCUGUGAAUUCCAAGAGCUGUCUUGAGAAAUGUACAGUGCUCUCCAGAAUGCUUCCAGCCAACUGAAGAGAAACUCAUGUUAGUUGUCCUUUCCAGCAACAAGAUUUGGUAGAUUGUCUUUAACUCUUAACUUGUGUUGACCUGCUGAUGAUACAUUAAGUCCUGCUAUAAUUCGCACAUUGUGUCUUAAAAAUGGCUGUGCUGGGCAAAUUAUGCAAUAAAAAUGCCUUCGGAUUUAUGGGGAAAUUUGGCUAGAAACACAGCUUUCAGAAACUUCAACAAUGAAUAAAUAUGGA